AUGGAUAGGUCAUGGAUGCAUGCUGAUAGGAGGUCUUACAAAUAUAAGUUAGGGGUGGGACUAUUUUGUCAAUUUGCUGUAGACCAUGCUAGAGAUCGGAACCACAUUUGUUGUCCUUGCACAAACUGUGGAAAUGUGGAAUAUUUCUCUGCUAGUGUGAUAAAGGAUCAUUUAUUUGUGAAUGGGAUUGACCCUGGUUAUGAGAAAUGGACAGAGCAUGGGGAGGUUGAUGUUGAGUCGGCGGGAUCAGAAAGUGAUGAUGAUAGCAUAGAGUUAGAGUCUCUUGAAUCUGAAUCAGUUAAGGAUAAUAUAGGGGCAGAUUGUGAAGUUGAAUUAGAUAGCGAUGUGCGGUUGGAAGGUGAUGAGGAUGAGGAGAUUUCAAGCGAGCGUAAUGAAUUCAGGCAGUUUGUAGAGGAUGCCAACAAACCCUUAUACCCUGGUUGCGAUAGGCACACCAAGAUGAAUGUACUUGUGAGGCUUUACAACUUGAAAGCCAAGCAUGGUAUGACUGAUGCGGCUUAUUCGGACUGGUUGAUUGCCUUUUCGGAGUAUCUUCCUACUGGAAAUGAGAUACCUACGUCAGUGUAUGAGGCAAAGAAGGUUUUGAGUGCUCUAGGAAUGGAUUAUAGAAAAAUCCAUGCUUGCCCCAAUGACUGUAUUCUCUAUAGAAAACAGUAUGCUGAUGAAAUUCGAUGUCCCCGAUGUGGUAUUUCAAGGUGGAAAGAAUGCAAGAACAAGAAAGAAAGGGAGGGGGUACCUGCAAAAGUGUUGUGGUACUUUCCUCCUAUUCCUAGGUUUAAAAAGAUGUUUCAGUCAGUUGAAACAUCUAAGAAUUUAACUUGGCAUGCCACAGAGAGAAACAAAGAUGGCUUCAUUCGUCAUCCCGCUGAUUCGAAAUCUUGGAAGUUAGUGGAUGAAAAGUGGCCAGAUUUUGGUUCUGAGCCACGAAACCUACGACUAGCAUUAUCAUCAGAUGGGUUCAAUCCAUAUAGCUCCUUAAGUAGCAAGUACGCUGUUGGCCAGUAA